AUGAUCAGUCCAUUCAGUCUCCAAAUCCUUUUUUUAGCCCUGACCACACAUGCAACUGCUGUUCCAACUUCAACCUUUUGCGAUAACAUCCCUCGUCUACUGGGCCGCCAAUACAGCGCAUUUGUCACAGAAUGGUAUCCGAGAACAGCAGUUACCACCCAUCCGAGCAUUACCAUUCCGACGCCAACUUGCACGGUAAAUGGAAAUGAUUGUGCCAAACUCCGUUCGAGCUGGAGUUUGGCUCAUGCAACAGAAACCCCAAUCCCACAAUUCCCGGUCCCAUGCGAGGCAUACAGAGCCUGCUCUUCUGUUCCCUCCGGCCCAUGCACCUUGGCAGGAUCCGGUAUAAAGAUUUACUACUGGCCGACACCAGCAACUCAGCCACUCUGCCCUCAAACAAACACACUCAUGCCAAUCAGUCGUCCAACACCAGAAGCAGGGAAGCCCAAGUCACCUGUAGUGAAGGUAAUUGACGGCCUUACAGUUACCUCGCCUUCGAUCUACAUAUCAAUCCCAACCUUAUAUGGGCAGCUCCGCGGUGUGCCAACAAAUUUAUUCACUGGCUGCGGUUCUCAACUAACAUCGCUUACACUAUCAAUUCCACCGUCGCCAAUUUCCACACUUACUAGGCGGUCGAGGGUUAGGAGACCCACCUUCGAGAGUCCGAAGCCUUUUGCGCUAAGCACGUUGAACUGGCCAGUUUCAGCGACAGAAAUCUGCUCGGAACAAACCUUUUGUGAAUGGAACAAUGCUAUAAGCACUUGCACCGACGUACUUAGCACUAUAUGUGUGACACCAACCAUAAACCCGUAUGAUUACAACCCAGCGCUCUUGUUACCGACUGACUUGGUCGGCCUGGCUGCAAAACAAGAAGGUAGUUACCAGAACUGUGUGGUUCAUCGGGCGGCUGCUGCUGAUGCGACUUGGAUUCCGAUUACAACGCUCGCAGGUGAUCCGAGGUAUACCCAGGGGUGGUCAAGUACUUCGACGAUACUUCCAGUUACUCUUACAGCAGCACCUACACCUGAGAUUACUUCUAAUCGAUGA